GGUGGGGGGGAGAGAGACAGGAGAAAAAGCCGUAUAGGAAGAGAAGCACAACCGUGGGUGCCCGCCGCAACGAUGAACGGUUCGCCACGCUCGCGACAACCGCAGAUAAGCCAUCGAACUAUGUCCUGAAUAGCGGUUUAGAUAGCUGGGAUUGUGCACCGAUCAUACAGGGGUAAAAUAUGUCCGCCUCGGUGGGGCCCCGCGGCGGCCCUCGCCCACCCACAGCGCAGAGCUCCAUGCCCGAGCUACCGGACCUCAGUCACCUCACAGAGGAGGAGAGGAAAAUUAUUAUGGCUGUGAUGAUUCGGCAGAAGGAGGAAGAGGCAAAGGAUGAGGCCAUGCUCAAAGAGGAGAAACCCAUACAAGCAAAAACGGUGAACCUGGUCGGAAACAAGAAACCACCUCAGCAGAACGACAUCAGUUUGCACCAGCAGUUUGCCAACUACAAGGAGCAGGUGAGGCGGAUUGGGCCAGAGCCCCCCCAACAGAGGCAACAGGGCCAACACAAGGAUGACGCCCCCACCUGUGGCAUCUGCCACAAGACCAAGUUUGCUGAUGGCUGCGGAAACCUGUGCUCCUACUGCCAGACUAAGUUCUGUGCCCGCUGUGGGGGAAGGGUCUCUCUGCGUUCCAAUAAUAAAGAGGACAAAGUGGUAAUGUGGGUAUGUAACAAGUGCCGAAGGCAACAGGAUAUGCUCACUAAAUCAGGAGAGUGGUUUCCCAGCCAUGGACCCAAGGCUGGAGAGCUUGGGUCAGCAGUGAGUGAACCGGCCAUGUGUGGAGGUCCCGUUGGGGAGAAGAAGGCACGCUCUAGGUCUCAGAACCCUCUCGACUCCUCCGUUUCCACUGCCCAUAACACCCAGCCACAUGCCCCGACAAACCCCAGAAAAGGCCUUUCUACAGGGUCAGCUGACACGCUGUCAUCGCGCUCACGUAGUGAGCCUCCACAAGAAAGAAAAAAGCCACCAGCAGAAUCCGAUCAGAAUGGCAAACUAGGGCCAAAAGGUGAGAGGCGGCGAGGCCUAUCCAAAAUCCACUCUGAGGAGCGAGAUACUGGAGAAAAUCGGAGAGAAAGUCGAAGACUGAUGAAGACUCGCUCUCAGGAGCACGACAGUCCUGAGACCAGGAGGACUGAAGCUGAGCAGAAACCACCCAGGGAACAGUGCAGGGCUGACCCAAAUGCUUCACAUCAUCCGGCCAAACUCCGGCCGUUAGAGCCUGUUGGACGUAUGCAUCCUAAACCGAGGGAGGCAGGGGAAAUGGUGCAGGACAACAGAGGUGCACGUAGAUGGGCAGAUGGGCGGCAGGCCUCACUGGAGUGCCAGCAGCAGGCCUACGCCCCAGAGAGGACCGCGGGGGGUACAGGUUUGCAGGGUGCACCUGUUGUGCAGGGUCCUCCUCCUAAAACGAACCACACCCCACAGCCGCCUGCUCCUGGGUUCAGGGUGGGCCCUGCCAUGCCUGCAGGCCCACCUGAGCUCAGGGAGCCUCAGGAAUGGGACAGGAAGUUGCAGCCGAGCCACCUGGACCCCGGCUCAGCUGCGCUGUUGCGCAAAUCUAAACGUCAAAAAGCUGAGAGCAUGCUGCGCAAUGAUUCACUCAGUUCUGAUCAAUCGGAAUCUCUACGACCGCCCCCGCCCCGCCCCUACAAGAGCAAACGGGGAGGAAACAAAAGGCAGAUAUCUGUUAGCAGCUCGGAGGAAGAGGCCGGUUCCACACCGGAAUACACCAGUUGUGAAGAUGUGGAGAUCGAGAGCGUCAGUGAGAGAGGGGACUGGGAGUGCUGUCCACUGGACCCCACUGCGUGGCAUCAUCCGGUUACAUGGCAGCCCUCCAAGGAAGGUGAUCAUUUAAUUGGCCGAAUCACAUUGAGCAAGCGAACAGCCAUGCCAAAAGAGGCUGGGGCUCUGCUAGGGCUAAAGGUGGUCGGGGGGAAGAUUACAGAAACUGGGAGACUUGGGGCCUUCAUCACCAAAGUCAAGAAAGGAAGUUUAGCUGAUGUGGUGGGUCAUCUACGGGCCGGUGACGAGGUGCUUCUGUGGAAUGGUAAAUCAUUACCUGGAUUAACCAAGAAAGAAGUUUACAAUAUCAUCUUGAAUUCCCAAACAGAACCACAAGUUGAGUUAGUAGUAUCAAGGCCAAUAGGUGAUAUACCACGAAUACCAGAAACAUCACACCCUCCAUUAGAAUCUACAGGUUCAAGUUCCUUCGAAUCACAGAAGCUGGAAAGACCCUCUAUAUCUGUCUUGUCCCCAUCCAGCCCGAGUGGUCUUAGAGAUGCCCCUCAGAUACUGCCUGGACAGCUGUCGGUGAAAAUGUGGUACGAUAAGGUCGGCCAUCAGCUGAUAGUGAACGUAUUGCAGGCUAUCGACCUGCCACCCAGAUCAGAUGGACGACCCAGAAACCCUUAUGUCAAAAUGUACUUCCUGCCCGAUAGAAGCGAUAAGAGCAAGAGAAGGACGAAGACAGUAAAGAAAAGUCUGGAGCCCAAGUGGAACCAGACAUUUGUGUACUCUCAUGUCCAUCGCCGGGAUUUCAGAGAACACAUGCUGGAGAUUACUGUGUGGGACCAACCCAGAAUACAAGCAGAGGAGAGUGACUUUCUGGGAGAAAUCCUAAUCGAGCUGGAGACUGCCCUGCUGGAUGACAAGCCUCACUGGUACAAGCUGCAGACACACGAUGUCUCUUCCAUCCCACUGCCGCACCCGUCGCCAUACCUGCCCCGCAGACACGGACACACAGAAACACCCACCAAAAAGCUGCAGCCUACAGAGAACCGAUCAAGAGAAAGAGAACGGGACAGAGACAGAGACCGAGCAACUACAUUAGAGGUUCCACACCAGAUCAGGCCAACUCAGUAUCGCUCACGGUCUGUGUCCCCACACAGAGAGGAGAGCAGGGAACGGUCCCGCCCAGCCAACGUCCCUGCACAGAGGAGUCUGGAUGAGGUCCAGCACAGCCGGCGAUCUCGUUCCCCAACACGCUACCAUGAUCGUGCCCGUGUGCAAGAGAGAGAUUAUGUAGAUGACAGUAAUUGCAGUGAGGUCAUCUUGAUACACAGAUCAAUGCGGGGUAGAAGCGCAGAGUGUCUGCACACCCAAAGUGAUCUACAGCCCUCUCUUGACAGGGUUAGAAGUGCUAGUACCAACUGUCUGAGACCAGGUUCUAAUUCCAAUUCACCUGAACGAGACAGGAGCACCCAGUCUCUGCCCCGUACCAGACCUAUGAGCCCCAGGAUCCUAAUUCAGCAUGCCUCCCCAGAAGACGACAGCUGGGUUUUGGAGGCUAUGUUCCCCGCUCAAGAGACAGUUCACCACCUCAGUGCAAAGCCUGACGCACAGAGGCAGUCGAGAACUCUGGACAAGCCUAGCUGUCAGAAACGUGGCAAGAAAAUAUCUGAAAGCGAGCGGGUGCAGCCACACUCCAGCUCCAAAUUUUCCUCAUCUACAGCGGCCCCUUCUUUGACACGCAAGAUCAGACAGCUUCCCCAAGUCCCUGCCAAAAGCAGCAGUGUAGAGCAAGCUCUUGCUUCAGAGGAGCGAACGCGGCAAAUGAAAGUACGUACCUUCCAAACACCAGCUCCCUCCAGUACCAGCCACGAUCUGGAGAGGACGCUCAAGAAUAAAAGAGAGCUUUAUAAGGAGCAGCGACAGAGCUGUGAAAAUGUAUCCCAUAAGUCCUCAGACAGUGAUGUCAGUGACGUGUCAGCCAUCUCUCGUGCCAGCAGUGCCUCGCGGAUCAGUAGCACCAGCUACAUGUCCAUUCAAUCAGAACGACCCAGGGGUCAAUUUAGCCGUCAUAUCCAUCCAUCCAGCCGCAGCAUGCUGAAGAGUACGAGUGUUAGUGGGGAAAUCUACACUCUGGAGCGUACGGAUGGCAGUCAGUCAGACACCGCUCUGGGAACACUGGGAGCAGGAGGCAAAAAGCGCAGAUCCAGCCUUAGCGCGCGUGUAGUCGCCAUCGUGGGCAUUCCCUCCCGCCGCAGCAGGAGCACCUCUCAGCUCAGUCAGACAGAGGCAGCCAACAAGAAAGCAAAGGGAUCCAGUAAGAUCCAGCGCAGUCAGGAGACGGGAAUGGCAGUGGAGUAUCCCCGCAAUGUCAUGGCUCGCCAAGCCAGUCGAGAGUCCACUGAUGGCAGCAUGAACAGUUACAGCUCUGAGGGCAAUCUGAUCUUCUCAGGGAUGAGGUUAGGGGCCGACAGCCAGUUCAGUGACUUCCUAGAUGGACUUGGCCCUGCUCAGCUGGUGGGUAGACAAACACUUGCCACGCCGGCUAUGGGAGAUGUUCAGAUUGGAAUGAUAAACAAGAAAGGGCACCUGGAAGUUGAGGUUAUCAGGGCCCGUGGUCUUAUACCUAAACCAGGUUCCAAAUCGCUGCCGGCUCCCUAUGUCAAGGUCUAUUUGCUGGAAAACGGAGCAUGCAAAUCAAAAAAGAAAACCAAGAUUGCACGGAAAACGCUUGAUCCCUUAUAUCAGCAAUCGCUGCUGUUUGAGGAAAGUCCGCAGGGUAAAGUUCUUCAGGUAAUAGUCUGGGGAGAUUAUGGCCGCAUGGACCACAAAUGUUUCAUGGGAGUCGCCCAGAUUCUUUUAGAGGAGCUGGAUCUUUCUAGCACCGUGAUCGGUUGGUACAGACUGUUUCCCCCUUCAUCAUUGGUCGACCCGACGUUAGCUCCUCUCACUCGUCGUGCUUCCCAGACCUCGCUGGACUCUUCAGUGCCGCCGGGCAUCAGGUCCUAGUGAACGGACAGGAAACGUACGACUCAGUGGACCAAUCAGAACCAGAGCGGCAGAUAAAGAGACAGAUGGACAGAAUCAUGAUCAAAGCUUUGCUGAAGCCUGACAAUCACUUCUCUCUUUUACUUUUGAUCUUUGGGUUGUAGAGAUUUCCUUUGAUCCACUCUGCUCCUUUACUGCAUGUUUUGUGGCUGAGAUGACGAUUCGACCCAAACAGAAAAGAGAAGGAAGGGAUAGGCAGCCGAAAUGCGAUCCCGCUUCAGCCUACAGUGGCGCCGGUAGCCUAGAUUGCUCCGGUCAGUCAGCGCAUUUAUUUUCUCACGUGUUGACGAGAGUGAGAGGACAGCACUGCCUCUCCUCUAUAUUGCACUUUCAGGAAGCCCCUCUGCUGAAAGACCAGAGGUCAAGGGUUAAAGGUCAAGAUUUAGUCUUCUCAGAGAGUUUCCUCUCUGCAUCAUGGAUAUUGCAUCCGAGGUCCCGCCGUGUGCUGGUCUGGCACGAACUCAGACUCAGAUUGUGUGACUGUGGUGUGUGUGUGUGUGUGUGUGUGUGUGUGUGUGUGUGUGUGUGUGUGCGAGAGUGUGCGUUUGUGUCUAAGAAGGCAGGGAGACACCUGAGAACCUUUUAAGUCUGUUUACAGCAGUUGUCACCGACUGCUUUGCCUUUUCACAUUAAUGUUGACUUGGUAAAUAGGCACACUUUGUAGAAUGUGAAAACAUGCUUCAUGGAAGACACAAAACCACAUGUAUUCGAUUCACUGGGACUGUAAGAAGCUGCCACUAUCAUUUAAAGAAAACAUUAGCUCACUAACACGUCCGAUUUCCAGGUUUCACGCGAUCACAAAUCAUAUCUUACAGGCAAUUCCAAGCACUUUUAAUUCUAUUCCAUUUGGUAAAGGACCUGUACAUACCGAUAUUAGAAUUUCUACCCGAAUAGAAUUUACAUUAUUUUAAUGCAAGCACAAAUGCUUGAUUUUUGAACAAAAAAGAGAAAAAGUUCAAGCUUUGGGAGAUUAAAAGUAAUACAAAAAAGAGGCCAAAAUCGGAAGCUUCCUAUUUUUAGCAGUUUGUCAUCAGUUUAGUUGAUUAUAAAACCAAUCUCACAGAUCCGCCCUGAGGAUCACAUUUUGAAUGUGACAGUGAGAUGUCCCAACAAGGGGAACAGACGCCACCAACGAGGGGAACAGCAUGAAUCUGGAACUGUUCCAAGCUGCAUGCACAUUUUGUAAAACAAGACAGAUGAGAAAAAAAAGAGACUACAUUAAGUGUGUGUUAGUUCCACAAACUGUAGGCCAGCUUGUAUGUUGCAUGUACUUGUACAGUUUGCUUGUACUUGAUAUAAACAGAUUAUCCAAUAAAACGAAGCCAUUCAUUCCAUGUGUGGGCAUUUGGCCGGGUUCCGCCAUACACACAGGCCUUAUUUUGGGGCUGAAUGUCUGUAAGAAUUUUUGAAUUGUUUGAUUUCCUUUUCUUUCUUUUUUUAAACCCUGGACUGAUAAAUAAGUGCCGUACUGUAGUAUUGAGUGAACACAAGGCCCUAUUUUAUUGAAGAUGUUGGUAUUCACUGUAGUCUGUACUACUGUGGGCUAAAACUAAGGUAGAUCAUCUGUAUAAAAACUAGAGCAAUCUAUAUAUGGAAUAUAAUUAUGAAAAUCACAAUGACUUAGAGAUAUAUCGAUAUUGAAACAGAGUGUAUCAAGUAAACAUCACUUACGUACAUGCAUAUAUUGUAAAUAUGAGUCUGCAAAGAAGUUUACUUAUAUUUACAAAGUGGCCCCAUUCAAGUUAAUGGAUCAGUGAUCUGUCUCUUGGUUCUGCUGAGCGGAAGAAGGGAUGCCUCCAAAGUUUUAUUUUAGUGAUGGCCAAUCUGAUCAGAGAAAUUUGGACCUCUAUCGAUCUGUUGCGUUAGCAAAAAUGCUCACGAAUCCUCGUUUCAGUGAGAAGUUUACUUUAAAUGCCUGGUUUUGACAGACUUAUUUACUUUGUCAGUAUUAUUCAAGGAUACUGAUUGUUUACAGUUCGUGUGUUCCACUGAAACAAAAUUGAAAGUAUUCACUGCAACAUUUCUUGUUUGUACAGCAGACGUGGCUCAAAUAAUGUGUAUGUUUUAUAUUCAAGAGUUCAUUUUUAUCAUUUACAAAUAAAAGACUGUGUGGAAGAAAA